UCAGGUGCGCCAUGGCAACAGGGCAGACCCUGAGGGAUCCUCUUCCUGGUCUGCUCCUGCCGGUCAGCUCAGACACUUCUACCCUGAACUCCCCUCAGCGCAGGGCCCUGAGAGGACGCCCGGAGUCCCUGGAUGCAGGAAGCGGUGUAAUUGUAGAUACCACUACAUGUUUCGGGGGCCAAAGAAAAUGAAUACAACACCAAUGUUGGUGUCAUUUGAAGACCUGGCUCUGGACAUCACUCAGGAGGAGUGGCAGUACCUGGACAGUUCUCAGAGGAGCCUGUACAAAGAUGUGAUGAUGGAGACCUACAAUAGCCUGUUGUUUUUGGGGUACUGCAAAAGCAAACCUGAGGUGAUCUUCAAGUUGGAACAGGGGGCAGAGCCAUGGACAGUGACAAAACCCCUAAAUUGGAGCCUGUCAGCCCACAGAAGGGAUGACCUAUUGGGAACCAACUGGAAAAGUCAACAAAUAAAUUUGAGGAGGCCUGAUGAGAUGCGAGCUGCAGAGAAAUCUGAUGACACUAAUGUACCUGGCAACUCAAGUGAACGUUGGGAGCCCAUCAGGCAGCCUCACAAGAUUCAGCCUUUUCAGCAGGUGUUUGAACACAGUGUAAAAGGCAAAGGGUUCAACAGGAAAAGGGUGUUCUUUACAAAUGAAAGGGCUCAUAUGGGAGACACCUGUAAUAAAAGUCAGUUGGCAUUGUAGGAAAGACAACUGAACAUGUAAAGAACUUUCCAGAAAAAGUCCUACCUCAGUAAACCUCAACAAACACACACAGGAAAGAAACUUUAUGAAUCUUUUGAGUAUGAGGAAACUCUCAUUUACAAAUCAGAUUUUAUCACAAGUCAAAGAACACAUACAGGAAGAAAAACCUAUUCUUGUAACCCUUGUGGAAAAUCUUUCAAUUGUAAAUCCUGCCUUUCUAUCCAUCAUAGAACUCAGAAAGGGGAAAGGCCCUCUGGGUGCAAUGAAUGUGGGAAAACCAUUUACCUGAGCUCAGAUACUACAAAUCAUAUGACUCACACAAGAUACAAAUCUUUCACAUGUAAAACAUGUGGCAAAGCAUUUUAUUGGAAGUCACAACUCAUUCUACAUCAGAGAAUUCACACAGGAGAGAAACCUUAUCAAUGUAAUACAUGCGGAAAAGGCUUUCAUUGGAAAACAAUCCUUAUUUCACAUCAAAGAAUUCACACAAAGGAGAAAUCUUACAAAUGUGAUAUAGGCAGAAAAGCCUUUUCCUGGAAGUCAAAUCUCACUGUACAUCAGAGAAUUCACAUAGGGCAGAAACCUUAUGAAUGUAAUAAAUGUGGAAAAGCCUUUAUCCAAAAGUCAAAUCUAACUUCACAUCAGAAGAUUCACAUAAAUGAGAAACCUUAUGGAUGUGAAAUGUGUGAAAAAACCUUUCGCUGGAAGUCAAACCUCACUUCACAUCAGAGAAAAUUCACACAGGGGAUAAACCUUUUGAAUGUAAUACAUGUGGAAAAGCCUUUUGCCAAAAAUCAUAACUCAUUGCACACCAGAUGAUCCUCAAAAAGGAAGAAAACUUAAGAAUGUAGUACCUAUGGAAAAUCCUUUUUCCAGAAGUCACAACUCACUCUACAUAAGACGGAGAAGAUUUAUAAAUGCAAAAUGUGUGGAAAAUCCGUUUGUUGGAAAUCACAACUCUUUACCCAUCAGAGAAUGCAUAGAUCAGAGAAAAUUUAUGCAUGCAAUACAUGUGGAAAAGUCUUUUGUAAUAACUCACAACUCAUUACACAUCAGAGAGUUCACACAGGGGAGAAACCUUAUCAAUGUGAUGAAUGUGGAAAAACAUUUUCCCAGAAUUCAAACUUCAGAAGGCAUCAGAGAACUCACAUGUAAGAGAUAACUUGUCAAUGCUAUGUAUAAGAAAAGUCUUUUUGCCAGAAGCUGCAACUCAACAGACAGCAGAACUUACAAAAAGGAAAAACACCUUUUAAUGAAGUGAUUAUGAAAAUUCCUGAUGCCAGAAGUCAGUGUUAAGCACACAUCAAAGAACUCACAGGUGAGAAAGCAUGUGAAUAUAGGAAAACUUUCUACCAUAAGCCAGAUCUCACUAUCAGGGAUCUUAGAGGAAGAACUCUACAAAGGCAGUGGAAGUGGACAAAGCUUUUACUCUGAGGCAGAUUUCAACAAGCAUCAGCAAAAUUAUCCACAAAAUUAUUAGUACAUAAAAUAAGUGCUAGCAAAAUUACUCAAUAUUAUUCUGCAAAACAGUAAUGAAGGUGGAAAAAUACCUGUUUAACAUCACAUCUCUGCAGGUAUUAGGGAGUUCACAUGAGGGUGUAACACUGCACUGCAGAGGCUGGAUAUGCAGUCUUUGAAAUCUACAUUAGUCUCUGUGCCAUAUAAUCUGCUGUUUUUCCUGCACUUAUUAUGAGUAGGGGAUGAUAUCCACAUGUAAUUUUUUAUAAGUAAAUACUCAUUCUAUACUACUCAGUUUGAAAUACAAUCCUAACAUUUGCAAAGUAUUUGGUACAACUGUUUCACUGCCUGCCCAUGAGUCUUCCUCCAUUUAUUCUAGUACAGAUCAGUAAUGUGACCACAGUUGUGUUACCUCACAUGCCAACCAUAAUGCUGUACUAUUAGAGUUGAAUGUUGGUUUUUUUUUCUCCUAGGUAGGAUUUGUCUUGUGACUUUUUCAGUCAUGUGAAUCCCAGAUUUGUGUGUAGACUGUCUCAUUUGUCCAUAUUACCAAUCUAUUUAUAGAUUGAAGAGGAUUCAUAAGUAUUGCUUUGGUGGCCUAAUGUCCAAACUAUCUUCCUGGGAUUGUUUCUGGGCCAAUGUUUAAUUUUUUUUUCCAUUAAAAGACAAUGACAGAGCAAAACAUGUACACAGAGUUCUUAUAUUCACUGCUUCACUACCACAGAUGGCUGAAACAGCCAUGUCUAGGUGAGACCAAAGCCAGGAGGCAUAAAUUCCAUUUAGCCUCCCACAUGGGUGCCAGGGCCCCAAACAUAUGGAUCAUUAAGUACUACCUUCAUAGGAGUAUUAGCAAUAUAGUGACUGAGAAAAAAAGUAGCCAGGACUCCCAGCUAACACUUAAAUAUAAAAUGUCAGCAUUGCUCACAGCAGCUUAACCUGUUGUUCCACAGUGAUGGCCAUAGUUCUUUUUAUUUUUGGCCUUGUUUGUUCUGUAGCUCUCUAUUGUGGUUAUGCCUGUUUGGAGUCAUUUACCAAUGUUCUGACUUCUGUUUUAUUUCAUUUUACUAUCUGAUGAUAUAGGCAGCUAGCUAGUGAGCUCUAGGAAUAGAAGACUGCCAGCAGCAUGUGUAUUGCAGUCACACACUGUCCAAAACCCAGACCUUCCAUACAGCCUACAGGGUUUCAGCUAGAAUUAUUUUACAUGGCUCCAGGCUCAUCACACACACUCCCCAUCAAGAACCUGAGCCUUAAUUCAUUAUGUUCUGGAUUCAUAUUUCUUAGAAUAAAGCAUAUGUAUUCCAGUUACCAAUGCACUAUAAACCUGUCCUGCUUUCCCCCCCGAAAGAAACCUUUCAUUUAACUAUAACAGACUUCAUGCAUUUCUUAAGUACAACACUCUUGCACCCAUACUCCAGUCCCUUCUCACCCGCUGUCUCCCAUGCACAGUCCCAUUCUCCAAGAUUCAUUUUCAAUUACUUAAUAAACAGAAGACCAACUCUAAAGAUUUCAACAACUUGCACACACAUGAAAUUGAGAACAAGUUUAACUCUUAUAAUACAACUCAUUGAGGAUAGAAGUUCUGCAUAGGAAGUUAGUGCACAGUGAUUCCUGUUGUUAAUUUAACAAUUAACAUUGCCUGGGGCUCUUGACAUAAACUGCCUGGGCUAUGGAAGGCUUUUGAACCCUCAAACACCAUCAAUAUUUAGAAAAGGCCACACACAAAGCAGAAGUUCUUGCUUCAGAGAAAAGUACAUCCUUCUUUGGUGACUUCUUUCCACAGGGGUUUCACCCACAGAUAUCCUUUAUAUAGGACAUUUUUGGCCAUGAUGUUAUAGUGUUCCAUGCCUGAAAUACUCUCGUGGGCAUUUCAGCCAGACCAGAAUGACUGAAGGGCUGAUUCUGAGGUCAAGUGUGCUAUUUGAAGUGAUUAUCAUUCUAUGAGUUUGCUGUGUGGAUUGUUUCCCAUGUUGGACCCUAUAUUGGGGUCCAAUGCAAGUUUAUAAACUGUACUGUUAGCAAGAAGUCCAUAGGAAUGUAUGCAAAACUAUACAUCUUUACAGUUAUAAAUUUCCUCCUCCCUUAUUCCCACUCUUAUUUUUUUACUGAGUUCUAUUUUUUUUUUUUUUUUGGACAGGCAAAAUGGACAGUGAGAGAGAGAGGCAGAGAGAAAGGUCUUCCUUUUUUCCAUUGUUUCACCCUCCAAUAGCCACUGCAGCCAGCACACCAUGCUGAUCCAAAGCCAGGAGCCAGGUGCUUCUCCUGGUCUCCCAUGGGGGUGCAGGGCCCAAGCACUUGGGCCAUCCUCCACUGCACUCCCAGGCCACAGCAGAGAGCUAGACUGUAAAAGGAGCAACUGAGACAGAAUCCAGCACCCCAACUGGGACUAGAACCUGGUGUGCCGGCGCUGCAGGCAGAGGAUUAGCCUAUUGAGCCAUGGCGCUGGCUGAGUUCUAUUUUUAAUUGACUUUAUACAUGUAUGAUUAGCUCUGUUAAGUAAAGAGUUCAACAAAUAGAAUGAAAAAAGUUCCUUCAUAGUCAAGAUAAAGGCUGUUCUCAUUGCUUCUCAAAGUGUCAAUUUCACUUCUACGGAUCUCCUAUUAGGUGCUCUAUUAGUUAUUGCAGUUCAGGGAUUUCAUUUUUUUUUACUGCUGUAGAAUUCCAUAGUGUACAUACCCCAUAAUUUCUUUAUCCAGUCUUCGGUUGAUGGGCUUUUAGGUUGGUUCCAUGUCUUAGCUAUUGUGAAAAGAGCUGCAAUAAACAUGGGGGUAGAGAUACUCUUAUUUGCUGAUUUCAUUUCCCAUUUGUAAAUUCCCAGGAGUGGGAGGGCUGGGUCAUAUGGUAGGUCUAUGUUCAGAUUUUUGUGAUGCCUGAUGGCUUGUGUGUUUUGUUGUUGUUGUUGUUUUUGUAUACAGUUGCUUUAGCUAUUCGGGGUCUGUUGUGUUUCCAUAUGAAUUUCAGCAUCAUUUUUUUUAACUCUUGCAACUUAUUGUUUUUAAGAUUUAGUAAUUUGAAAGAGAGAGAAGGAGAAACAGAUCCUCCAUCUGCUGGUUCACUCCCCAGAUUAUCACAAUUGAUCAGGCUGGGGCCAUGAGCCUCUUCUAGGUCUAAGAGGUGAGUUUAGGGGUCCAGAGGCUUGUUCCAUCUUCCACUGAUUUCCCAGGUACCUCACAGGGAACUGGAUUUUAAGAGGACCAGCUAAGACCUGAACUGGAGCCCAUAUGGGAUGUCAGCACUGUAGGCCUUUGUUUAUCCCAAUGCAACACAGAGCUGUUCCAACCUUGGUGUUUUUAAUUCUAAUUUCUACCUCAGUUUUUUUUUUAUUCUGACUGACUGCAUUACCUACACUCCUUUGAGAUUUUUUUCUGCGUGUUCAGCAGAAGCCACAUCAUUACCACCUGCCUUGUUUAUAUUGUCAGAUUUUUUGGUUCUACAACAAUACUAUGUUGACUGCUAAAUACCUGUAGAGGUAAGGCAAAUGACAAACUGCCAGCAACUGUGACCAAAUAGUGAAAUAAUGAUGUAGAUAAUGAUAGGGCAUGUGUGUGCCAGAUGAAGUAAUGAGGAAUUUGUCAGGGAAAAAUGGAUAUGAGCCCUGACUCCUGCUAUAUGCCUGCAUGUCCUGCCCCACCUGCAGUGCCAGACAUCUUGAUCCUAAAGCAUGCUUGCACAUCAGGGAGCACAUGUACUUUGCAUCCCUGGAGGUGCAUUAGCAGGUGCCUUGAAUCUUCUAAUUUGUUGGUAUAAUGCUGAACAUUGUCACUUGAACUCCUUGCAUCCCAAUUCCUCCUCAACAUGUACAAACUCUAAGGCACUUUGGCAUCUUGCCUCUUGCUUGAGAAAGCAGGCAUUGAAAGACAUGCUGGCUUCUGGGCCCACAUCUUUGAAAGGAACUAUGAGGCAUGCUGCUCCUGGGUGCACAGGCAGAGAACUCUACCUCCCAUUGAGAUCACCAGAUUUGCCUUAGCUUGCAUCAAGUAUUUCUGCCACCAUGUUGGCUCUGAAAGCCCCUGCCUCAUUCCUACCCAGGUUGCCUGGGGUAACAAAGACUAAGCAAUAAGCACAUGAAGUCCCCUUUGGGAACUCCUGGCUUCCAACAUAUUUGAAAACCAUGAGCUACAACUGUCCACUGCCUCAUCCUGAAGACAGAGACAGCCCUAAGGCAGGAGACUUCAGUUUGGUAUGAAAGUCCUGGGAUAUAGUAUUUGCUAGUGUAGAGGCUUUGAGACAGCUCCACAUUGCCUUUAUGCCUGAUAGUCACCCAAGUUUUCCCUCCAUUGGGAUGAAUUGUCCCUGGAAACAAGAUUGUGCCUCAAGACAUUGAGGUCUAAGAGUGAGUACCAGCUGACUGUGAGCACAAUGCACAAGCUGCAAAGCAGUUUCUACUGGAGCACCAAUAAUGAAGCAAGCCUGUUCAGUGUGAAGCCUAUUUUCCUCUUCCUAUGUGAUGGCAUGAUUAACAUGUUGUGCUUGGGAUCAAGACCCUGUCAGGCACCAAGAAUCUGAGCAUUGAAUGUAAGGGCAACAAUUUUGAUCUGCAAUGCAAUCCCAGGGUCAUGUAGACCAUGCUGCAUUUAAACUUAUGCUGAAGUUGGUGCAUCACUACAUAGUGUCCCCCACCCCAAGCACUAGUCUUUCUGUGAGCCCUGGGCUGACCCUCUGAAGGGAUGCUUGGGCAGCAGCCUACCAAGAUACUCCUUGCAUCACACCCCAGAGCACCUAUUAGAUCUAAUUUGGUGGUGAGUAGAUUCCCUCUUUUCUCAAAAUCUCAGCCCCCUUGGACAGCACCCUGCUGUUUGGUUGUCUUUACCUCCUAGGAAGGGGACAAAGUGGGCCAUGUGGGUUGGGGAGGAACUGCCUGGGUGGACCCAGAUGCCCAGAUGCUAUAUACCCAGCCUCUGGAACCAGAAGGAUGGAACCAGGUGUCCAGAAGUUACCAACCCAGUUUCUGGCUCUAUCCACCUCUUUAGAAUGGCUUGGACUUACUUAUGGUACCUAUAGGGUCUCCCUAUAUUCUCUCUCUCUUUUCUUUCCUUCUUGUUCUCAUUUGAUGUUCUUGCCUAAUCAUUGUCUGAUUGGUAAGCUUUUCUGUCCUUUACUAAAAACAUUUUUUUUUCUGUGCUUAAAUGUUUUAUCUUCCAGACUUUAGAGUUUUCCUGAGAUUUCUAGAGUUUGUAGCAGCACUUUGUAAAGUAUAAUUAUGUAACAAAGACAAGAAUAUUUUUGUUUCAUGCUUAAUUCCUCUAAUGUUCAAAAAAUUAAAGUAACUCUAGGUUAAAAUUCUAUGUGUUCUUAAUUUUUUAUGUAAAUUCAAGAUCCUGUAGGUAGGGGAAAAAGAAACAUGAAGCUUUAGUCAUGGGAAUGUCUUGGUAAAUAAAGCUAUGGGGUAUGAAAGAAGCCAAUUCAGGGGAAAUUCAAGUAAUACUCAUCCUAAAUUGAAAACGCUUGUGGUCUUUAAGAAGAAAUAAGUGAGGUAAUGCAAGAAUGUUUUAGAAGUUUGGUGGAAGAUGAAUCUUGUGUAGGAUUUGGUUGGCUGACACUAGAAAAAUUCUUUAUAUGUAUUUUUUUGACAGGCAGUUAGAGAGAGACAGACAGAGAGAAGGGUCUUCCUUCUGUUGGUUCACUCCCCAAAUGGCCACUACAGCUGGUGUGCUGCAGCUGGCAUGCUGCAGUGAUCCAAAAGCAGGAGCCAGGUGCUUCUUCCUGGUCUCCCAUGUGGAUACAGGGCCCAAGCACUUGGGCCAUCCUACACUGCCUUCCCAGGCCACAGCAUUGGAAGCGGAGCAACCAGGACAGAAUCCGGUGCCCCAAUCGGGACUAGAACCUGGGGUGCCGGUGCUGCAGGUGGAACACAGUGCUGGCCUCUUUAUAUGUAUUUCUAAACAUCAGUGAUGCAGUAACAUUAAAGGCACACUGUUAUAAGACUAGAAUUUAAUCUUAUAAAUUAAAGCAAAAAGGUUUUGUAUUAAACAUUGCUCACACAAUUUUCAUCUUUUUAAUUUCAAAAUCUAAUGUCAAUCCAUCUUCUAGGCUAUAGUGUUUUUUUGUCUUGUAUUUAAUUUGUGGCUAUUCCCUUCCAUUUUUACUCAGCUCCUGUCUGAUUGUCUACCCCUCACUUUGUCUUUAUGUAUUUAAGUUGUCUGAAGUAAUGGGUUAAUGCCACGUGGUAAUUUUGUUAAAUUUUAAUGUGUUAAUUAUUUUAUUCAUUUUUCUAAGUUUUUGUUCUGAUUUAAGAAACUUAGUUUUGUAAUCAUUUUAUGUGUCAUUGGGAAGGAAAUAUAUGCAUUUUCUUUUGUAUAUUGAGAUGUGAUUGCUUAGGUAGAGCUGAGCUGUAAAAGAGUCAAGGUUAUUUACUUUUUUCACACAUUUGGUCACCUUACAAUUAACUAAACUUAGUCAAUAAUUCUAGUUAAAACCCUGAAUAAAUGAAUUUUUUUCAGUGAUGUAGUAUCUUGAUGAUAUUUUAAACUUCUGACAACAUGAAUUGGUCUUUUUAUUUUAUUAUUUUUUUUAAGAUUCAAAGUUCUAAAUGAAAUCUUUGAAUUUUAAAAUAUCCAUUUAGAUUUUUAGAGCCUUCCAAGAUCCAAUCCCCCACUUGAAUGGUUACUGAAGUAAAACCAUCCUACUACCCUGGCUACAGAACUUGAAGCAGAUAAAUCAACCUGGCUCUAUUUCAUUUUUCUACUCUUCAUUUAUAUCCUCAGAUUUAAGAUGCACUAGACUGUGCACACUAUGUUGAAUUAAAAAUUUUAGUCGUACUUCUGUAGGGAUAAUUAGAAUAUAAAGGCACCAAAAUAUGACAACUUGUCAUUAGAUUAUUUUUCAUAAUCAGAAGAUUUGCAGUACAUCAAUUCACCUUUUUAAAAAAAAUCAGCUUUAAGGGGGUUUUGGCUGUGGUGUAGUUCACUAAGCUGCCAUCUGCAGUGCCAGCACCCCAAUUGGGUCCUGUUCAAGACCCUUCUGCUCCUCUUCCAAUCAUUCUCCCUGAUAAUGUUCCUGGGAAGGCAACAGAUGAUAACCCAAGUGCUUCAGGCUCUGCACCCACAUGGGAGACCCAGAUGAGGCUGCUGGCUCCUGGCUUCAGCCUGGCACAGUCUUGGACUUUGAGGUCAGUUGGGGAAUGGGCCAGUGCAUAUAAAAUCUCUCCUUUCUUUCUAUACCCCCCUCUCUACUGUGACUCUGACUUUCAAAUAAAUAUUUUAAAAUAAUCAGCUUCAGGGGUCAGCAUUGUGAUGUACUGUGUUUAACCACCACCCAAGAUACCAGCAUACUUUAUGGGCACUGGUUCAUAUCCUGGCUGCUUCUCUUCUGAUGCAGAUCCCAGCCUAGGAAAGUAGUGACAGAUUGUCCAAGUCCUUGGCCCCUUAACACCCAUAUAGGAGACCCAGAAGAAACUCCUGGCUCCUGGCUUUGGCCUGCCCAUCCUUGGCCAGUGAAGCCCUUUGGAGAUUGGAUCAGUGGAUGGAAGAUUUUCAUCACUCUCCACCUCUCUGUUUCUUUCUUUCUCUCAUUCUCUAACUCUACCUUUCAAGUAAAUAAAUAAAUCUUUAAAAUCCAAUAAAACAAAAUGAAUUAAUAAAGGAAACUAUCUGGUUCUGGACUUUUCUUCGAUGCUGGACUCUAUUACUAAUUUAAUCUUGCUGGUUGUUUCUUAUCCAUUUAGGGAUUCUAUUGUUUCAUGGUUCACUUCUGUUAAAGUGUGUGUGUCCAGGAAUUUGACCACUUCUGAGUUAUCAAACAUUUUGGCAUAUGAUUGAAUCUAAUAAUCAUUAGUGACCCUUUGUAUCUCUGAUAACUGUGUUAUCUGUUGUAGUGUUUCCAUUUUAUAUUUAUUUUCAAUUACCUGAGACUUCUCUUUUUGUCUUAGUUAAUUUAGCUGAGGGUUUGUCAAUGUGUUUAUGUUUUCAAAGAGCCAGGACUUUAUUUCACAUCUUUAGUUUUUGUUUUAUCUAUUUAUGCUCUGGGUUUUAUUAUAAGUUAUCCCUAAUUUAGGUUUGGUGUACUCUUGCUUUUCUAGUUUUUUACAUGCAGUACUAUGUUGUAAACUUGCAAUUUUCCUGCUUUUAAAAUGGCUACAAUGUCUGUAACUGUGCCAGGAUGAAGCCAGGAAUCAGAAACUUCAUCUGGAACUCCCACAUGGGUACAGUGGCCCAGACAUAUGAGCUGGGAGCAGUAUUGGAAGUGGAUCAGCCAGGACUUGAACUGAUGGCCAAUAUGAGAUGCCAGCACUGAAGACAGUGGCUUUACCCUCUAGGCCAUAGUGCCUGCCCUUUUAUAAAUUCUAUGAAACAUGUAAAAACAAUUAACAUCAAUACUUCUUAAACUAUUCAAAAAUAGGAGAGAAAUAAUUCUUCAAAAUGCAUUCUAUAAGGUCAGCAUUACCUUUAAACCAAAACCAAAGAUACAACAUAAACUCAUAUUAUAAACUAAUAUCCUUGGUAAGUACAGAUGGGAAAAUUUACAAAAAUACUAAUACAAUAAAAGGAUUACAUACUACAGUCAGAAGAGAUUUACCCCAAGGAUACUAGUGUGUUUUUACAUACACAAAUCACUACACAUGACAUGCUAUAACAAGCAAAGUGCAAAAAUCGUAUGUCAUUCUCAAUAGAUGUAGAAAAGGCAGUUGAUAAAAAUUAAGAGUCUUUCAUAAUAGGAACUCUGAACAAAUCAGGUACACAAAGAAUACACAAUAACAUAACAAAGGACAUAUACAACAAGCCAACAGCUGACACCAUAUUGAAUGUGGAGAGGCUGAAGAAUUCUUUUCCAAGAUCUGGAAUAACACAAAUGAUCACUUUAAGCAUUUCUUUUUUUUUUUUACAGGCAGAGUAGACAGUGAGAAAGAGAGAGAGAGACAGAGAGGAAGGUCUUCCUUUUGCCGUUGGUUCACCCUCCAAUGGCCGCCGCUGCCAGCAUGCUGCAACCAGUGCACCACGCUUAUCCAAUGGCAGGAGCCAGGUACUUAUCCUGGUCUCCCAUGGGGUGCAGGGCCCAAGCACUUGGGCCAUCCUCCACUGCACUCCCUGGCCACAGCAGAGAGCUGGCCUGGAAGAGGGGCAACCAGGACAGAAUCUGGUGCCCCAACCAGGACUAGAACCCGGUGGGCUGGCACCACAAGGCGGAGGAUUAGCCUAGUGAGCUGCGGCACCUGCCAAGCAUUUCUAUUUAACAUAGUAUGAAAAAUCAUGUAGCAAUUAGGUAAGAGAAAGAAAUAGACAUUCAAAUUGGAACAAAGAAAGUGAAAUUGUCACUGGUGGGAGAUGACAUGAGCACAUACAUAGAAAACAUCACAUACUCUAACAAAGAUCUGUUAGAAUUAAUAAAACAAAUUUGCAAGAUAAAAUGUCAAAAUAUAAAAAUCAGUAGCAGUGAUUUAUACUAAU